UUUUUUGACAAGACGAACUGUCAAUUGUUUAGUAAAAAAUAAAAAUGUUUUUGUAUCAAGUCAAGUAUUUUAUUAAUAUUACCGAUAGCUUGAUCCUUUUUAAUUGUUAAGAAUUUAUUUAUUUUAGUUUUGGCAACUUAUACUGGUUUAAAAGUGACACAUUGAUUGAAAAUAGCAAAUAUAUUUAAGUUUCAAUAAAAAAUGGGAAAUGCAGGAAGCAAUCACCCAAAAGAGUGGCACAAAGAUCAUGCUACUAAACAGCCAGAUGUUGGUUCAUCUUCCCCAGCAAAGGAAGGAGAAGCUUUUACAUUUGACAAAAAGAUUGACGACGACCGUGGUAUUCGGGAAGAUGACAACAAUAUUGAAGAUGGAGCACCUUAUUAUACCAAAGCUGUGCCAGAACAUGACGUGGAAGAAACAAUUAUGCGCGAAAGAUCUAAUACAUUGACAGAUGAUAACAAAGAUGCUGAUGAAGUUAAAGUAUUGCCAACUGUAUUUAAAUGGGAAGGUGGAGGAAAGCAGGUGUUUAUAAGUGGUACUUUUACUGAUUGGAAAACUAUACCCAUGGUUAAAUCACAUGGAGAUUUUGUUACUAUAAUUGAUCUGCCCGAAGGGGAACACCAAUACAAGUAUUUUGUAGAUGGAGAGUGGCGUCAUGACCCUACUGUGAAAGUUGUAGACAACGGUAUGGGUUCUAAAAACAACUUGGUCACAGUAAAAAUGUCUGAUUUCGAAGUCUUUCAAGCUCUUGCUAAGGAUAGUGAAGGAGUACAUAGCGGUGCACAAACUGAAUACUCUCAGGAAAUACCACAAUCUAAACCGUGGGAAAAAAUUUCAGGACCUCCCAUUUUGCCACCUCAUCUUUUACAAGUAAUUUUGAACAAGGAUACCCCUUUAUCUUGUGAGCCUACGUUACUACCAGAACCUAAUCAUGUGAUGUUAAAUCAUUUGUAUGCCUUAUCAAUUAAAGAUGGAGUCAUGGUGCUGUCAGCUACUCAUCGGUAUCGAAAGAAGUAUGUCACUACCCUGUUGUACAAACCCAUAUAGUUUUUUACAGGUUCUUUCGUUAAGACAAGAUAUAUAUUAAUAAGGUGAUUAUUUCUGUAGUAUUUAUAUAGUUUAGUUAAAUUAAUUAAUAAUAUUUAAGUAAAAUUGUGCAGUACAAUAAAUGCAUAAAUUGUU